UCCAACCUUUUCGUUACCGGUAUCCACCCUCGUCUGACCGAGGAGGAGGUUCGCCGUCUCUUCGAGAAGUACGGUGAUGUCGACACUUGCAGCAUCAUGCGCGACCCUCACACCCGUGAGUCGCGUGGAUUUGGUUUCGUCAACAUGGCCACUGGCGAGCAGGCCGAUGCUGCCAAGUCUGGUCUCCAGGGCGAGGUCUACGAGGGCCGUACUCUGAGCAUUGAGAAGGCCCGUCGCUCCAGACCCAGAACCCCUACCCCCGGCAAGUACUUUGGCCCUCCCAAGAGAAGUACGCAAAUGACCCUCGACCACACAUGA